GCGCUUGCUCUGGCGUCUCGCGCCUUCUGCUCUUUUUGCACGGGGUCGUCGAGGCGGGCGCCACCGGCGCUGGUGCCGGAGGCGCCACCGCGAGUCCGGCCGGCAGUCGGUGUGGCGUCCCGGCGUCCAUGGGGGGCGACGGCGCCGAGCUGGCCGCAAGCGCGUCGCCGGUGCUCCUCGCGGGCUCGCGCGGCGUCGGAAAGACGACACUCGUGCGGAGGCUCUGCCGCUCGCUCGGACUGCUGCUGCUGGAAGUGUCGCCGCACGAGCUCUCCCGCCAGCACGGCGACGCCAUCUCGGACGGGUUUCGGCUCGCCCUCUCUGCCGCCGGCCGCUCCGCGCCCUGCGUGCUGCUCAUCGAGUCGGCCGAGGAGCUGGCCCCCGCCGCAGGCUCCGAGGAGGAGGGCGGCAGUGGCGCGGCGGCGCGGCUCGCGCUGCUCGACGCGCUGCGUGCCGCAUCGCGGGUGCAAGGCGCGUGCGCGUGCGCGCGCGCGCCUCGAGCGCACCAGCGGCCCUCGGCCCUCGGCGCCUCCGCAGGAGGAGGGAACCGAAGCUGGCGCCUCUCCGCGCUCUGGUAGGCGUGCUGCUUGUGCUCACCGCGGUGUUUGCGCGCGACGUGCAUGCGCAGGUGCGUUCGCGCUGCCCCUUGCAGCUCGCCGUAGCGCCGCCAGUCGGGCUUGGCCGCGCGCGGGCGCUCGCCUCCGCAGCCUCC